AUGAUGCAGAUUAAGGAAAGAAUUGAACGCAGUAAGAAGAAGAACAAGGACAAAACCGCGGAAACUAGAGGAAAAGAGCGAGUACCGAGGAAAGCAAGAAAGCAGAAAAGCCGGGUGGAUUCAAAGCAGACAUCAACAACAGCAUCAUCAACAACAAUAACAGCAACAACAUCAAAAAAAGCAACAACAUCAAAAACAACAGCAACAACAGCAGCAACAACAACAACAACAACAACAACAAAAAGCGGAGACAAAUCGAAAGAAAGUUCGAAGUUGGGAAGAAAUAUUCUACCAAAAGUUUUUUGCCUCCUAGUGAUUAUCAUCACUAUAGCUGUCGUCGCUGGACUCAUCGCUCUGUGCUAUUAUCUUUAUCGAGAACAUAAGAAACCUACCAUUACUGGGAGCACUGAAUGCGACUGCAUAUGUGAUAGACCAGAGUUAAUGAAACCACACCCUCCACUAAUUGUCAUAUCGCUUGAUGGUUAUGCGAAGAAGUACUUGUCGAGGAAGUUACAACCAACCUUCGAGAAAAUGGCAAGAUGUGGAGUAUCAGCUCAAGCGGUUUAUUCUGGCUUCCCAUCGAUAACAUUUCCAAAUCAUUACACGAUGGCAACAGGAUUCCACCCGGGUAACCAUGAACUUGUUCAUAACACUAUAUAUGAUCCAACAGUGCAUCCAGAAGCUAGAUACCUAGGGAAACAUUCGCAGGAUGAUCACUACAAAAAGGAAGCGAUUUGGUCCUAUUACAAGCGAUAUUGGAAGCGAAAGACUGCUACAUACUCAUGGAUCGGCUCGCAGCACAACAGUACACACUAUCUACAACCAGAUUACAUGAUACCAUUUAGCUCCGACAUGGUCCCAAGUGAACAGCUAAAGCAGAUAGUGAAAUGGCUUAGGAUGGAUGAACCUGACCGUCCAGGUUUGAUUAUGGUGUAUAUCAUGGAACCUGAUUUCACUGGGCACAGAACUAUGGGUCUAACGCUUAGUAAAAUGCUGAGCCACCUCGACCAACAACUCGACCUACUGAUUCAAACUUUGAAAGCAGAUGGGAUAUUGUGUUGUGUAAAUUUGGUCAUAAUUUCUGAUCACGGAAUGGCUGCUAUAAAAAAUAUCGUUGUUCUUGAACGCCAUUUCAACCUUAAAGGGAUGACUAUAACAACUGGUGUAUUAACACAUAUUUUCAAGAGAAACUCAACACUAAGCGAUAAAGAAAUCACUGAACCUUUGACGUGCAAAGGAACCGACCACGUCCGCGUGUUUACGAAGUCGACAAUGCCCUUACGUGUCCAUUACUCCAGUUCUAAAAGAAUCGGAGAUUUUGUCCUACUUUCUAAAACGGACACAAGAAUAGUGAGCACUGAAAAGGACUUUAUCACGCCAACAAAUCCUAAUCAACACGGUUUCGAUUACAUCGAACCAGAUAUGCACACAAUUAUGUUCGCCCAAGGACCAAGCCUCAGGAAGAAUGUCAGCCUUCCUCCUUACCAUAUGGUAGAAUACAUGAAUCUAUGGAAAAAAUUGCUCAAUCUUCCAUCUAUGGAAAAUGACGGCGAGGACGCUCUCAUGGAUCAGGCUCUAAACACACAUCAAGAACGCAUACGAGUAGUACACCCUGAGAUACGAGAAUGUGCUCGCCUUGAACUGCCCUCCGUACUAACACCUGGUGGGAGAUUAGUCUGUGGGAAAUGCUCUUCACAAGAUGAAGAAGUGCUUAAAAAUUGGAAUGGCUGCGCUGCUAGAGGACUUUCUGAAACAAUAAUACCACAGUCGGAAACGGAACAUUUAUGCAAACUUUCAAACUUCUGCAAAGAUAUGGUAAUAAUCGGAAGUUCAACAAAAGAAGCAUUUAGUACCACCCUGUUCGAAAUCUACAAUAAAGACGGCGACGAGCAACUUCUCAGUAAUGAUUGCACUUAUCAUAUGAUAAAGAAAUCUAGUACCUGUGAGGAAUUUUCCACAACCGAAAAUAUGCGUUUGGAAACACUUUCCGCGUUUCCUGGUAGAGUUCUGGCCAAUGAGCGAGGGCUUUUCGUUCCUUGGAAGCAAAGAUUUUCGAAAGAAAUCCUGAAGCCACUUAACGAAUACACGAGGAGAAUUGUGACUAAGCUUGGGAGAGUGAUCAGUAUUACUGGAACUGUUUACGACCAUGACUACGACGGGAAACAUUCUGUGGAUUCUUCAAAAACCAAUCAUCCCACUCACUUAUUCCGGAUACUUCUCACAUGCAGACGUGAAUGGUCUGAUGAUGGUACCUACUGUAAACAAGCAAGCGACACUAAAGUUCUUUCCUUCGUGCUCCCGCACAUGGAUGGUGACAUCAAUUGUAUGAGCGAAUAUGAACUACUCCUACAAUACACCGCUACUGUUAAAGAAGUUGAAACCGUAUCAGGACUAUUUUUUAAUUUCACAAAAAUACCUGAAACUGACCAAUUGCUGUUGAAAAUGCACAUCAGCACCACAUUAUGGUAG